UUGCACUACUGUAAUCUGACUCAUCUCCGAACCACUACACUCGUGAUGUUUAUUUUUAACUAAUUCUUAACAUACCAAACUAAUUGUCUGAAAACCCAACUAAUUGUCUAGGGCUUUCAUUAACAGUGCUUUGAGAAUGGAGGAGAGCUCUGUUGUGUCUGAACAAACCCAUCAACUGUCUGAACAAACCCAUCUCCAGAAUGGGGAUGGAGAAGAACCUGUAUUAACGUCGGUUCAGCAGCAACAACAGUCUAGGCGCCCUCAUCUUUCGUCCUUAGAAAUCCCCAUGAGGUCUAUAGAAAAUGCAUUGCCUAGUUUUACGAGGAUAGACAUUCCAAGUCCUGGUUCGGCUAGAGCAGGAUUGCCGCCCAGACCACAUUCAACCAAGCUUAGGCCUUCUAUGAGAAAUCUGGUUUUUCAGAAGAGCCUUAUCAAGGAAAAGAACUCAGUUCAGGAGGGUGAAAAGGCUGUUCUUAUUGUCCCAGACACUCCACCUUCAGAUAAGCCCACUACUUCGAGGUCAUGCUCUCUUAACAAAGUUCUGUUCUCUACGCCAACAAAAUCAGCUCAUUCCUUACCAGUGACACCAAUUUCGAAUUCAGGUAUUGACCCUAUACAGGAAAGGCAACUGGAUCAUGUUACAAAAACUUCUCAUCACAUGACGCGCUCCCUGUCAGUUCCUAUUAAUGUUAAACUUCGAAGCUUAAAACGCAUGGAUUCUAUGGGUGGUUUAAUCCGUGUGAUACCAGCAACCCCGCGGUCUACCUUGGUUAAUAGCACUUCAAUAGACAUAUCAGAAACAGAAACGGGUAGUGAAGAUGCUGCUGAGGAUAUACCUGAAGAAGAGGCAGUUUGCCGAAUUUGUUUUGUUGAGCUUGGGGAAGGAGGUGAAACUCUUAAGUUAGAGUGCAGCUGUAAAGGAGAGCUUGCACUUGCUCACCGAGAUUGUGCUGUUAAGUGGUUUAGUAUUAAAGGAAACAAGACCUGUGAUGUUUGCAAGCAGGAUGUUCGUAACCUUCCAGUAACUUUAUUAAAAAUUCAAAACCCACAGACUGUUAUUAGAAGGCCACCUACCAUAGUACAGCAGAGGGUAGUCUCUCGUUACAGAGUCUGGCAAGAUGUACCAAUUCUUGUCAUGGUCAGCAUGCUUGCAUAUUUCUGCUUUCUGGAGCAGCUCCUGGUGACUGAUAUGGGACCUCGUGCUCUUGCAAUUUCCUUACCUUUCUCCUGUGUCCUAGGCCUCGUUUCAUCGAUGAUAGCCUCUACCAUGGUGAGCAAGAGUUAUAUAUGGGCAUAUGCUUCAUUUCAGUUUGCAAUUGUCAUCCUGUUUGCUCACAUCUUUUAUACAGUGCUCAAUGUAAAUGCAAUUUUGUCCGUUCUGCUUUCAUCGUUUACUGGAUUUGGAAUUUCAAUCAGCACUAAUUCGCUUCUCGUGGAGUACUUGCGAUGGAAAGCAAGUAGAAAUACACAGCCUUCUGGCGUAAAUGUUAAUGGUAUUGUCCAGCCACAGCAACAUCAACAUAUUUACCACCACCAGCACUCCCAAGUAUAAUCUUCAGCAUCAAAAACAGCCACAACAACUGCUGAUACAACUCCUGAGUGUUGCAACUCAAGGGUACUAUGCAGCUAACGCUCUUUUGGCACACAGUGCAUAACCCCGGAAAUGUACAGAUAACACAGGGCAUACUAAAUUUCAACCCCUUAAAAGGUGUGGUCAUGAAUUUCCAAAACAAGCAAGAGCAGGCAUCAUUUUUUUCUAUGCGGAUUUGGUCAGUAAUUCUUGAUUUUUGGCACAAACGUUCAACGCUUUCAGAAGUACUAUACUAGUGGUAUUUGGUCAGCUAUUUUAGCCAAGAUAUACAUGGAUUUAUAGUGUUGUAAACUUGUAAUGUAUAGAUUGAUCCGUAUGAAAUGGACUACAGUGUGCCUUCUACA